GAACGACAGCUGAACUGCUACGAUCAAAUUAUUUCAUCUUUUUAUAUUUUUGCCAUAAACACUUGUUUUUCCCACUUGAUUUUAAUUUUGUUCUCAUGUUUAACCAGCAUUAACGCUGUUCAUCGUAUGAUGAUUAUGAAAAACAUCCACGUUAACAUAUUCAUUUUAUAACAAUAUGAACAAUUUAACCGAAUUUUUUAGAUUUGGGGGGCAUCGGAAUAAUGAACGGAUUUCUAUAAAGCGAAAUAUGGAAUGAAAUCAUAGGCACCAGUUACUAAACAGAAUAUUACACAGAGAGAGCAAGGAGGACCGGAGGAUUAUUUUAAACAGAAAGAAUCACAUUAAAAAGGAGUCUGCCGACUGGGAAAAUAACGGAAGGAAUAAUGGGAUGGUCGUGACAAGAUGAAAAAGAAAAGGUGUGGAGGAAUAUUUUCGCACAACGUUUGAAUCAACAACUGGGAGAACUGGGAGAGAGAAACGGAGAGAGGAGAGACCCUCUGAACAACCAAUCCCAACCACCUGACAAUGGAGCCCCCGCCUUCCCUGAACUUGGCCCUACUGGCUGGGGGUGAGGAAGAGGACCAGCGUCCACCCCUUCCCUUGAGUGGUCUCCCACAUCCAGCCAUUGCUGGCACCUACCCUGGAAUAAACCACUCCAACCACACGGGGGGCACAAGCUUAGACCGGCUCAAUGGCACGCCAUCCCCGACCACCCCUAGCCUACCGCCAGCUGGCCUUCCCAAACUCCCCCUGGCCUCAGCCCAACAGCUUCCCCCAGCCAUCCCCAAUGCCCUCCACCCCACCAGCACGCCGCUGUCAUCUUGCCUGGGCAGCCAGCACAGCCUGAGUGGGGAGAACUCGCCCGUUUACAACGCCCUCUUCUACUCCUCGCACUCACCCUCCACCGAGAGGGAGCGGGAGCGGGACAGAGAGAGGGAGCGGGCCUGCAAGCACCGGCAGGCCAGCCCACUGGUCCACCGGAGGGACAGCAACCCGUUCACCGAAAUCGCCAUGAGCUCCUGCAAGUAUACGGGCGGCGUGAUGAAGCCACUGAGUCGCCUGAGCGCGUCCCGGAGGAACCUCAUCGAAUCGGACAGUGGGAGCGAUACCAAAGAGGGAGGGGUCCCGGGGCGGGACAGAGAGAAAGAGAGGGAGGGAGGGCCGGCGCCGCCCCAGCAGAGCCAGCCUCAGAACCCCCCGGAGAUUGUCAUUUCCUCCAAAGAGGACUCACCUUACGGGUACGACUUUGACGCCACCUCCAACCAGAUGUCCAUCUACCACCAGAACCAUGCCCUGUCUGAGAGCCGGGGGGCUCUGGGCAGUUCUGGAGGGGUGGGCAGCACGGGUAACAGCCGAGGCGGCGGAGGGAGCGGGGCCAGUGGAGGAGGCACUGCCACUUCCAAGGCUACGAAACGGAAGAACCAGAACAUCGGGUACAAGCUGGGCCACCGGAGGGCGCUGUUUGAAAAACGGAAGAGGCUGAGCGACUACGCCCUCAUCUUUGGGAUGUUUGGCAUCGUGGUCAUGGUCAUCGAGACAGAGCUGUCCUGGGGUGUAUACAGCAAGAGCUCCAUGUACUCUCUGGCUCUGAAGUGUCUUAUCAGCCUGUCCACGGUUAUCCUGCUGGGUCUCAUCAUUGCCUACCACGCCCGGGAGGUGCAGCUCUUCGUCAUCGACAACGGGGCGGAUGACUGGCGCAUCGCCAUGACGAUGGAGCGUGUGCUGCUGAUCGCCCUGGAGCUGCUGGUGUCGGCGGUGCACCCAGUGCCCGGCGACUUCAAGUUCCACUGGCGGGCGCGGCUGGCCUUCUCGUACGCGCCCUCGCUGGCGGAGGCGGACCUGGACAUGGUGCUGUCGGUGCCCAUGUUCCUGCGGCUCUACCUCAUCGCCCGGGUCAUGCUAUUGCACAGCAAGCUGUUCACCGACGCCUCGUCCCGCAGCAUCGGGGCCCUGAACAAGGUGCACUUCAACACGCGCUUUGUGAUGAAGACCCUGAUGACCAUCUGCCCCGGAACCGUGCUGCUGGUCUUCAGCAUCUCUCUGUGGAUCAUCGCUGCCUGGACCGUGCGCGUCUGUGAAAGGUACCAUGACGCCCAGGACGUCACCAGCAACUUCCUGGGUGCCAUGUGGCUCAUCUCCAUCACCUUCCUGUCCAUCGGGUAUGGGGACAUGGUGCCCCACACCUACUGCGGCAAGGGCGUGUGUCUGCUCACUGGUAUCAUGGGGGCUGGAUGCACGGCGUUGGUGGUUGCCGUGGUGGCAAGGAAGCUGGAGCUGACCAAGGCGGAGAAGCAUGUCCACAACUUCAUGAUGGACACCCAGCUCACAAAGAGGAUAAAGAAUGCUGCAGCGAACGUACUGAGGGAGACCUGGCUGAUCUACAAGCACACCAAGCUGAUGAAGAAGAUCGACCAUUCCAGAGUGCGGAAACACCAGCGCAAGUUCCUCCAGGCCAUUCACCAACUGCGCAGUGUGAAGAUGGAACAGAGGAAGCUCAGUGAUCAGGCCAACACUCUGGUGGAUCUGUCAAAGAUGCAGAGCGUGAUGUACGAGCUGAUGUCAGAGCUGAACGACCGCAGUGAGGACCUGGAGCGUCAGAUGCUGAGUCUGGAGCAGCGGGUGGAGCAGCUGACAGCCGGAUUCAGUGCCCUGCCCGCCCACCUGUCAGCCACCCUCACUGCCCAGCACACUGCCCUCCUGCACCUGCUCCGGGAGAGAGACAGCAAGGCCGGGCCGGAGAGGGAGGGCAGCCCCAACACCAGCUCCUCCAGCUGCUGAGGAGGAGACGCAGGGAGGGCGGAGCCGGGGGUCAAAUACGGGGCAGGGAUAUGUUAUUGGGGGCGUGGCUUAGAUGGGGGGCAGAGGGAUUAUAAGGGCAGGGCAAAUAUGGUGGCCUAAGAGAGCAGCACCCACCAGCUGCUGAGAGCGAGUGGCAUCCAAUGGGGAGAGAGGCAAAGACAGGAAGUGGACAUGGAAGGAGACAUGAAAGAGGAAGAUUUCAAAGGGAAGGGGGUUCAGGGAAGGAAACACGGACAGCGAUCGAUAAGAAAAAUAAUGAAAACUGAAUAAUUUCAUGGAAACUGGACUAAUUGUGGGGAAAUCUCUCUGCCCCUCGAUCAGGAAUGAAUGACAAAAGCUUUUUAAUCUCACAAUGUAUUUUCUAACUAUAAUGAGCUAAAGAACAUCCCUUUAACAAGAAUUUUAGUCAAUAGAUUUAUUCCGGGUAGUGGGAUUGCACUGGAUAAAGAAAGACAAAAACCCAAUAUGAAAUAUGUUCCACUUCCAUCUUUCAGACAAUACAAACAACCAUGUGACACCAUUAAGCUACACAGUUCAAGCCUACAUAAAGCCUAUGAUAUCUACACACUGCACUCCCAAGACAAAAUGUUAUGUAAUACAAAAACAAACCAUUGAUAGGAAACAUGCUCACAACUGAUUAAUUCUGUAGCCAUUUUACAGGUUAUUCAUACCCAAACACAAAAUACAGUAUGUUCUCACUGUUUACUGUACUUGAAUGUACAAAUCUCUUUCUCUCUGUCUCUCUCUCCCUCUCUCGCUCACACACACACACACACACACACACACACACACACACCUUCAAACACACACGCAUUUCAUAUACAUCUUUGCUACCAAAGUGCUCUCUCUCUCUCAGUGACUGAAAUGGACUCUACAAAGAAAGGUAGAGAGACAACACAAAGAGGGAGAGAAGGGGUGAUUUGGUGUCAUUUCCCGUUCACUGAAGAUCUCUUGGGAGAAAUGGCUAAAAGAGAAUAUGAAAAUAAAGACAGUUUGGACCCGCACUUUUUACAGCCAAUAUGACAGAUGAGAAGAACAAGCAACUACUGGAGCUGAAUCAACAGAAGCAAAAGAAAUCAGACAAAGUAUAAGAGAGACAAGAAAAGAAGAAAAAAAAUCAGAUGCUUGCAAUGUAGAAAAAACCAGAGGAACAACUGAAAAGAAAUAUGGUGUAAUGGAAUAUCUAAAAGACUGUUUUGCUUCUGACUCCAUUCUAAGGAAAUAGUUUUUAAAACUGUCUUAUAGCAACACCCUGUGGCCGGAAAACUGAACUACACCUGCUUGGAAUAUUGUACGGAAAUCUAGCUUUGUAUUGCUCAUUUUUUACCAUUAAAAUAUUAAUAACACAGUUAUAGGUGAUAUUUACUAUUAUACUAUAGUAUUCUUCU